GUCCAGGGCGAGGGUUGGUGGUGUUUGACAAUCUCAUUCUCGAACUUUUCCAGAUCGAACUGCUUCCCUUCUCGUUUUUACUAGGUGAUUCAUGGCUGCCUAGCCAAAUUACCAGAAUAUCCCCUCACACUGAUUUCGUCAUAAUCGGCGGCUCAGAUCUUGGUUAUGAACGUGCUUUACCAUUCUGGAAAGUAGAGAUUAAGACCUUUCCAACGCGUAUAAGCUCAUUUAUAGAAGUUACUUGAGCUGCACGCAAUGUUCUGUUGAGAUCGUCAAACUUAAUCUCUAAUUAGUUCUCUCCAGAUUUGCACGAUUUCCAUCAGUGGUAUCAGAGCCACGGUUAGAGGACGUUCUUUCCUCCAUUGGAAGAGAUCUAGAGAGGCUUGUAGUGCUCCAGAUCUAGGGUUUGACAUGGCCCAAAAGUUGGAUGGCCCUCCUAGGUUUACCGGCUCGGACUUUUCGCUAUGGAGGUUCCAGUUCACACUAUGGCUAGGUAUUAAGGACCUAGAAAGUGUGUUGGAUGGAUCGGAGAAGCGACCACGAGCUGACUCUGGGGAGGCGUCUACUGGAGCAACCAGCCAAGUGGGAUCCGGGGCUGGGGGAGCGUCGUUGAGUGGGGUGAAGGAAGGAGGAACUGCUGCAACUCGAACCGGAAGGUCGCAACCAAGUAGCGAGGAGUUGCUCAAAGCUCAAGAAGCAUGGGAUCGGAAGGAUCGCCAGGCUUUUCAGUACCUGUGUUGGGCUUUGGAGGGGCAACUUGAGCUUCUUAAGAUGCUGAUUGACCUGAAGGGGAAGGAAGGUGCAGCGGCUGCAGCUUGGAAAAGAGUACAAGAUAGGCACUUGCAGAAAGGGCUUCUAAGCGUGCUUACUUGGCGGAAGCGGUUUUACACCAUGGAGCGGAACUAUGGGGAGGGGGAGACCAUGGUUCAGUAUCUCCAGAGGGUGGAUGAGAAUGUGCGGGCUUUGGAGGAGCUGGAUUACACGGUAGAUGAGAAGGAGAUCAUCUAUACUGCGCUCCAAGGGUUGGAUCAAGCGGCUAAUGAGGCAUUACUACAGUACCUUCACUCGAGCAACAGAAAUGGACCAAGGUGUGGAUUUGGGAGGUUAUAAUUUCUGAUGAGGCUUGCAAGGUUGAUGCUGGAAGAGGUCUAGAAGGAGGCAUGGGUGCAGCAGAUAAAGCUUCCUUCAGGAAAGGCUAUCAACAGCAAGGAGGUGGGGGGAAGAAGAAAGAGUUGGACAAAUGCCUUGUGCCCGGAUGCAACAAAAAACACUCUUGGAAGAGUUGCUGGAGUAGGCCUGAGGGAUGGAAGCCUCACGGCUACUCUGGAGAGGCCCCACCAGUGACCAAACCUGAUUGGGUGGAGAAAAGGAUGAAGAAGGGGCUCUGGAAUAAGAAGGGCAGCAAGGGAGCAACGGCCGCAGCUGCUAAGGAUGAGAAGGGGAAGGGCCAAGACGACUCCUCCGAUGAUGGUUUCUCGUUUCUCAUGCUAGGGCAGGAUGCAGCUCUCGCUGGUCGUGCAUUGGCUGAUCCCAACUUCCUGGUUCUAGACUCUGGAGCAACAUCUGGGAUGCUUCCUCGCCGUGAUCUCUUCACCUCCUACCAUCCUCUCCCACCAAAUUCGAGGAACGUGAUUGUUGGGAGCGGAGAUUUGCUGCAAGCAAUUGGCAUCGGCACGAUCACCAUUAAGGGGAAGGAGGGGGAGCUAGUGGGUGUGAAGGGGGUCCUUCACGUCCCUGGUUUGGCUGCAAACCUCCUUUCAUGCUCGCAGCUGGCUAAACAGGGAUACAUCUGCACUUUCACUGAGGGAGGGUGUACUGUUAGAAAGGGUGAAGCUGUGGUGAUGGAGGCAAAGCUGGACAAGGGUUUAUACCUUGUUCCAGCUUGUGUGCCUAAUUGUUACAAGGCACAUAUGGUUUUUUCUGAGGAAGCCGCUUGUAGCACUCGCUGGAGGCAGGUGGAAACGGUGUCACCUGAGUUGCUACACCUUCGCAUGGGGCACGCGGGGAAGCAGCAACUGCUGGAGUGUGUGAAGAAGGGGGAGCUGAAGGGGGUGGAGGUCAAGGAAGGAGCUGGGCAGCAGAGCAAAUGUCCCGACUGCACGUCUGGAAAGCUGCCUAGAACCUCAUUCCCUAUCUCCUCUGAUCAUGCCUCGACUCCCCUUGAGCUGGUGCACACGGAUGUGUGUGGACCGAUGCAAACUCCUGACCGGGAAAAUGGCAACAGAUUCUACCCCUCAGCCAGCCACGCAGGCCGAUGCGCGUGAUGAUCAGCCGGAGCAGCAUGUGCCUUCAACUCCAUCGAGAAGCAGUUGGCAGCAGUUGUUGAACCAGCAGCUGUCCAAGACUCCAAGGACUCCAAUGAAGAGGGUGACUUGGGAGGAGAAGCUGCGGAGGCUGGAAGAAGGAGAGGCAACACCUCUGCGACGCAGUGCUCGAAUUUCCCAGCCACCUGAAAGGUUUUCACCGGGGCACAUUGCACGCAUGCAUGAUCAUCUUGUGUCUGAUUUGGAUGAUUGCAUGCUUGUGGACAUGCAUGGGCAUGAGUAUGCUCUUGAUGUGUGUCUAAUGGGUCAGGUGCAUGAGCCUAGGUCAGUCCAUGAGGCGCUGAACCGUCCCGAAUGGGUUGAGUCUAUGCAUGAGGAGCUUGAAUCUCACAAGGUAAAUGGAUCAUUUGAGCUGGUUGAUCCAGCCGUGGUACCACCUGGUUUGGAGGUCCUCAGGUGUCAAUGGGUUUGGAAAUACAAGCAUAACCCUGAUGGUACUGUUGAGAGGCCUAAGUCCAGAUUGGUGGUGAUGGGAAACACGCAGAAAUUGGGAGUACACUAUGAAGAAGUGUACUCUCCAGUUGGGAAGCAUGCGACCUUGAGAGGUAUGCUUGGAAUUUCAGCUGCUUUGGGGCUUGAUAUCCAUCAUAUGGAUGUCAAGACAGCCUUCCUCCAUGGGGAUUUGGAGGAAGAGCUUUACAUGCGGCAGCCCCCUGGUUUUGAUGAUGGCUCUCACCGAGUGUGUCGCCUCAAAAAGUCCAUUUAUGGGCUAAAGCAAGCCCCACGACAGUGGUACCUAAAAUUUGAUGAGGCUCUCAUGGAUUUUGGGUUUGAGAGAUCUGAGUGUGACCCUGCCUUGUACCACUUUGUGAGAGAUGAGGAGCGGAUCUCCUUAUUCCUCUAUGUGGAUGACCUUUUGCUCCUAUGCUCUAGCAAGGCUUUGCUAGAUCGAGUGAAAGACUUCU